AUGUCAUUUGUUCAUUUAAUUGUUUUAUGUUUUGGUUGUCUUGUUCGAAUAAUCAUAACAUUUAGUGGAUUUGAUUUAACUCAUUCAUCAUUAUUUUUUUGUAAAUUUCGUAUAUAUUUUUUAACUCUUGGAAUUUUUUUAUCUCGUUAUUAUUUAUGUUUGAUUUCAAUUGAUCGAUGGAUGAUUAUUUCGUUAAAUGCUCAAAUUCGUCUUCUAAGUAAUCCACAUCGAACUCAACAAAUAAUAUUAAUUACUACACCAUUGUGGAUUAUAUUUUAUAUUAAUACACCAAUUGGUUUUCGUCAAGAAUCAAAUGGUUGUGUUGCAUCAUCAGAUGGAUUUUAUUCAACAUUUUAUCUCAUUUCAAAUAUAUGUUUAACAAUAAUACCAAUAAUUAUAGUCAUGGUAUUUGUAACUCUGAUUUUAUAUCGAAUUAUCUACAAACGAGCAAUUGAUAGACGUCAACAAAUAGUUCGUCCAAUUGAAAUUGUUGAAAGAAAUAUCAUAAAUCAUCGAUUUGCACAACUAUCAAAUAAAAAUCGUCAAUUAAUUCGAAUAAAUUUAAUUCAAGUUCUAUCUUUUAUUAUAUUUAACUGUCCAAAUACAAUUUAUACAAUGUAUUCAUAUAUAACACAAACAUAUAAAAAGAGUAUAGACCGAAUAGCUAUUGAUAGCUUUUUCGUCUAUUUGGCAUCAUAUUUACUUUAUACUCAUUGUGCCGUAAGUUGA